UCAGCUUUGUGUAUGAUCGUUCCGUGAUAUAGUGGGAUAGGAUAUGUUGUUUGUGCGUGUGCAAUCUAUUUUUGCGAUAUGAUAGGCAGAGCUACUUCUUAUAAGUCUGUUCAUGCACGUACUCCUGUUGAUGUGGACUUGUCAAUGAGAUAUUGCUGGAAACCUAUAGUCUUCUGACUUCACAUCCCAGAUCACAAAUUCCACUGCAACUUGAACUGAGAAUAUUUUCAUGUGCAAAACAUCUUCAAAUAAAGGCGCAGCACCAUGGUGUCGCUUAGCUUCACCUCGCUGACGACACUCAUCAACCGGGAGGACCUCUCCGCCUUCACGUCGUUCCUCAACAACAGGAAUGUCGCCGUCGACGACCGAGAUGAGAACGGCACGACGGCCAUGAUGGUGGCGUCGGAGAAGGGCCACUCGGCCUUCAUCCACGCGCUGGUCGAGUUCGGCGCCGACGCCACCCUCUCCGAUCUGGAUAACUGGACGGCGCUGCAUUUCGCGGCGAAGGAGGGUCAUGUCGCGUGUGUCCGAGAACUCCUGGAGGCGGGAGCCAACACAGAAGCCAAAGACAUGGGCGGGUGGACACCUCUACUAUGGGCCGCCUACCAGCACCGAACCGAGACCGUACGGACAUUACUGGAGGCCGGCGCUAACGCCAACGUGCCCGGCCAGCACCAUAUGACGGCGCUGGUGUGGGCCGCCGGCCGCGGCUACCUGGACGUCGUACAGGUGCUGCUUCAGCACGGCGCCAAGGUCAACAUCAACGACAAGUUUGGUACGUCGCCGCUCAUCUGGGCCUGUCGGAAAGGUUUCACCGAGAUCGUCAGCGAACUACUCAAGGCCGGAGCCAAUGUGGAUGCCUCGGGAAUGUACUCGUGGACGCCACUGCUGCUGGCCGUCAAGGGCGGUCACACGGACAUUGUGGACAUGCUGGUGGCGCACAAACCCAACCUGAACGUGACGGACAAGGACGGCAUCACUCCGCUCAUCAUGGCCGCCAAGGAGGGAAGCUACGAGAUCGUGUCGACGCUCGUCUCGGCCGGCGCGUAUAUCAACCUGCAGGACCGGAGUGGUGACACGUGCCUCAUCUGUGCGGCCCGCGGCGGUCACGCGCAAAUCGUGGAGAUUCUGCUGAAAAAGUACGCCGACAUCAACAUCAUCGGAAAGGAGCACAAAACAGCCAUCUACUGGGCCGUCGAAAAGAACCACUAUGACAUCGUCAAGAUGCUUCUCGAGGUGCACGCCGACACCGAAAUUACCACCAAGGAGGGCGACACUGCGCUGCUGCGAGCCGUCAGGAACCGUCAGGCGGAGAUGGUUGAGCUGCUGCUGGACCGCAAGGCGCGCAUCUCGGCUGUCGACUCCAAGGGGGACACCUGUCUCCACAUUGCCAUGAGGGCCAGGUCGCGGCACAUCGUGGAAAUUUUGUUGAGGAAUCCUAAGCACAGCAAGAUGCUCUACCGACCAAAUAAGGCCGGCGAAACUCCGUACAAUAUCGACAUCGCCCACAAGCGGGCGAUUCUGGGCGACAUUUUCGGCGCCCGGAAAUUGAACACGAAUGAAGAGAACGAGAACCGACUCGGGUACGAUCUGUACUCGGGCGCGCUGGCCGACUUUCUGUCAGAGCCGGCGCUCACUGUACCCAUCUCAGUGGGUCUCUACGCCAAGUGGGGCUCCGGGAAGUCGUUCCUGCUGGGCAAACUCACAGAGGAGAUGCGGAACUUUGCGCAGCAGUGGCUGGAGCCGGUGCUGGAGCUGUCGCCGUUCUUCGUGUUCCUGCUGUUCAACCUGGCGCUGCUGAUGGGCGUGGCGUUCGGCACCGGCUUCUGCAACGUCACCGUCGGCCUGGCCGUCGGCUGCUCCGUCUCCGUCCUGCUGAUCGUGGCCGUGUUCGUGCUCAAGUUCUUCGGUACAAAGUGGGAGUAUGAGGGUCUGUGUGCGGCUAACGCGCGGGUGGCGCGGGCUGUCGGCUACCUGCUGCUGCUGGCGCGUAUCACAUUCUGUCACCCGCCCGGUCCAAAGGCGCGGCGAGACAAAAUGAGGCAAAUCAGGUUUUUCUUUGCUGAGCGCGCCAGCGUAACCUCGGCGGGCCGGGGCGACAACAGUAUCGUGCAGAUGAUCAGCUCACUGUACGAGGACAUUGAGCAGCACUGCGGCCUGUUCGCGUGCCGCCUGUUCAGGGCGUUCCGGCCACAGCCAGUGUCGCCGGAGAGCGAGUCUUCGUUCCGGCACCUGUGUCUGGUGCCGUACGCGUUCAUCUUCCUGUGGACGCUCUACGUUGCCAUGGCAACCAUCGUGCUGACGGUGCACUUCUUCACCUGGGAGCCGAUUAAAGCGAUGGUUGCCGCCACUGUGCAGGCAACGCACAAUGGAACUCACUCGUCGAGCAACGUCCUGCCUCCGGUGGAUGUGGAGGGCGGCACGUACGAGACGAUUGAGACGCUGCUGAUCGUGCUGUCGGUCACCCUGGGUAUCGUGGUGCUGGCCAACAUCCUCACCAUUGGCAAGGUGUUCUACGCGCUCAUCCUGCCGCACCGGCUGUACCUGAACAAGCUGUCUCACACCGGUGGUCGGGAUAAGGACCGUUACGUGCAGGCCCUGAAGGACGAGGUGCAGCUUCUCAUCAAUAUGGUGCGUUGUAUGGACAGUCUGACGGACGAGCAGACUCGGCUGGUUGUGGUCGUGGACGGCCUGGACAGCUGCGAGCAGGAAAAGGUGCUGGAGAUCCUGGACAUGGUCAGCACGCUGUUCACGGUGCCCGAGGCGCCGUUCGUCAUCCUGCUCUCCAUCGACCCGCACAUCAUCUCCAAGGCUGUGGAGCUAAACAUCAACAAGGUGUUCUCGGAGACGGCCAUCAGCGGUAACGACUACCUGAAGAACCUCAUCCACCUGCCGUUCUUCCUGCAGAACUCGGCGCUCAGGAAGGUCAACCUCGCGCAGAAGGUGGCCGCCAGCCGCGAGAGGCGAGAUACGUGGAUCGAUACAGACAAUGAGCCCAACAUUCAGCAGCACGCGAUGUCGGCGGCUGGGGCGCGGCGGAUGUCUGUGGAGUCCGUCAGUACCGGUAUGAGUUCCAAGUCGCGACUGAGGCUGCCCAAGAAGCAGCUGUCCCGGCUGAAGGGCACAGAGAGUAUAGCCAGCAGCGUCGCCUCCAACCUGAACAGGAUCGGCUCGUCUCUGGUGACGGGCACCUCGGACCUGAACCGGGUCCUCCUCACCGACGACUAUUUCUCAGACGUCAACCCGCGCAGCAUGCGGAGGCUGAUGAACGUCAUCUACAUCAGUGGUCGUCUUGUGAAGGCGUUCCACAUCGACUUCAACUGGUACCACCUGGCAUCUUGGAUCAACAUCACGGAGCAGUGGCCCUACCACACCACCUGGAUGAUUCUCUACUUCGAGUUCAACGAGAGCAAGCUGGAGGAUCGGAUGUCGCUCUAUGAGCUGUAUACGAGGAUCCGGGUACACAUUCCGUCGAGUCGCGAGGCGGACCCGCUCUCUGAGUACGACCGUGACGAGAAGAAGCUGGACGUGUUCCUCUCCUUCCACAAACACACGCUCACGCUGGCGGACAUGAAGGUGUUCCUGCCGUUCACAAUCAACCUGGAUCCGUUCAUCAAGAAAGUAGUCAAAGAGGAGCAUUUUGACCCGGUGAACGGCCAGCUGGACGGCCCUGCCCCGGCGCCGGCGGCCGCCCCCGCCCCCACCCCAGCCGCCGCUGCCGCUGCCGCCGCGGCUCGUCUCCGAACCACACAGCGCGUGUCUCCGCCGCCGGCCGCCCCGCCGCCCGGACAGCCGUGGUUUUAUCACUGGCCGGUGGCGGCGCCGGCGCCCGACCUGGCCCAGUGGGCGUGGCCAUACGGCAGCAUGCCCGCCUGGUCUCCGCCCAUGCCGCCGGCCGCCCCGCCCCCGGCGCCGACCCCCAACAUUCAGCUGCCCUCGGUGUGCUCGGACCGGCCUCUCAGCUCUCUCUCGGUGGAGGACGUGUGUCAGCUGGUAUCUGACCUGGCCGGGAUCAGCGCCGAGGCGGCUGCACGCUACCACCGCACCUUACGCUCCAAUAACAUCAGCGGAUGGGUGCUCUGCGCCUGCGAGAUGCCCGCACUCAAACGGACGAUGAAGAUGACGUUCGGCGACUGGGAGACGUUCCGGGCGGCCGUGGAGACGCUCCGAAAACGGGAGGCGGCCGGUCCCACCGUCCCCUGCUCCUCGGCUGCCGACCCCGCCGCCGCCACCUUCACCGCCUCUGCGGCGCCCGUCACCUCCGCCGCCCCCACCUCAGCGGCCAGUGACGCCGCGGAGGCGCGGAAGAUACGCUUCCAGUUGACCACGGAUAGCGGGAAGGUGACGCAAGCCAACAGCGCGACCUCGAGCACAGUGACGAGUCCGCUGGUCUCGGACGGCCGGCAGCCGCCUCCCAGCUCCCAGAGCAGCGGCUCGGUGCGCCGCCGCAGCGGGCCCGACAACCACCUGGAGAAACAGAGAUUGGAUAGACCAGACUUCGUCAGAACGGUCUCCUGGUCCGACGAUUGUAAAGUUAGCCUUUUUUGACGGACGAGCGACGCGGCUCUGCCAGCUCGCAGCUGACGGAGCGGCGCGUCAGUUUCGAGAUAGACCAGCGGCGCGGCUCGCUCGAGCUGGCCCGUCUCUCCCUGCCGCGCGCGGGGCCGCUGGAGCGCCGCGGCUCCCUGCCGCCGUCGUCUCGGCGCAGCUCGGCGUUCCGCAGCGAGCGGCGCGGUUCUGCCGACAGCCUGCCGUCGCCGUCGUGCGACCGGUUCGACAGCGCCGCGCUCGGCGACCUGGUGCACGCCUCGUACGCUGAGGAGUUCGACUUCUCCCACUACCUGGAGGAGGAGGCUCUGCUGGAGGAGCGCUCGCGCCGCGGACUGUACCCGAUCCUGGAGGGCGGACGGCCGGCCGACGUGACCGUUAACAUGGAGGACACGGCCGAGGCGCUGGAGCUGGAGCUGAAGAAGGGCGCGCCCGUCGCCCUGGUGGUCGAUGACGGAGAGCAUGUGACGCGUGAGAGUGUCGAGACGCCGACGAUGGACAGCUGCCGUGAGCUGAUCGAGGAGGAUGAGAGCGCCGACGAGCAGUAUGCGUAUGAUAACGAGGGGUAUGAUCGGCUGUAGACGGACGUCUGGGGGAGGCGUGAGGCAGCGGAGAGGGAAGGGAAUGGACAAGUCGGGAAGAGGCGAGCGUGGGGGCGGAUUUGAAGUGCGAUAUUGUGUCUCUUGGACCACGCAAUGCCAGGACCAAUAGUUGUAACGAUUCCGCCCCAGAGCUGUGUAAGAUAAACAAGCCAAUCCGCUGCCAAUGAAUCGCCUUUCACUGCUCAGGGUACGGAUUAGAAGGAUAAGCUGCUUUUGAUGCCUACUGAACUGACGCACGUGAACGCAUUGACGCAAACUAUUCUUUUAGCAUGCUUGUGACAGCUAUGUUGCACUUAGAGCCUCCGUGAACUAUGAGCCGGAAUAGCCUGGACCAGGUAUACAUGCUGACAUGGGUUUCAUGCAUCCAACUAUCACUAUCGAUGCAUUUUCGCAUCCUCAGUAAAUUUGCUACGGACGCUGCCUGCCUUUGAUAUUAGUUACAUCCCAAGUAGGGGUGGAUUGCUUUAUCCCAUAGUGGAUGCCUUCACGCUGUAACCUUCUGAUGUAAUAUUGAUUAUGCUCCCAUGGUGCCGCUGCGCCUCCGCGAGGUGCUGUAAUUAUCUCAUCGUUCCUGCUAAUGGAUUCAGUCGCGAUUCUCAGUGUCACUGGUUGUAGUGACGGGUGCCGAGUCUCCGCCGUCUGACGCCGGUUUCCGCUUGUCUGCAAGUGCAAGUGUUAACUGAUUUAGGAGAAAUACCUCGCGCCGUUAGCCGCUACCCGGAUCGUUUUCUGUUUCGUGGAUGCUCCCCUUUAAUUUUGACGGAAGAUGUCAACUUUUGCCUUGCUAGUGACUGCCGUAAUUUUAGUGGCCUUAGCACGUGCGACUUAACUGAUGGAGCAAAUAUGCCUCUCAAAUUACUUUGAUAGAUUGUUUACCCUCCUUUCGUGACUUGUCAGCAGUGAAUAGAAGAGCAUAUCUGGAUUUUGUAUAUGCGUAACUGUUUCGUAGCGUUUUACUGACGUUUUAUAUAAUCAUCUCCGAGGUAUCCGAUAUGUUUUAUCGUAACCGUGAUGUUACCGAUGACAUUCUGUCCGACCAUGUCACGCGUUGGUCCUGGCAUGAGGCUCUGAAGGCAACUUUUAGUGGUUGUGAUGCUAUGACUUGUCGCUCCGUGCCAUCUGCCGCGCGCGGAGUGAAUCCAGUGUCACCCCGGUGCCUAGUGGCCUCUCGAACAUCGUCCUGAGCCGCCGCAGCUGUGUUGCUGCGCGCGGCGACCAUAUACUCAUCCUAUAUACUCAUUAUGUGUACGUACAUUCUCAGCAGUAGUGUUCGACGCCAAGCUGAGUCUCAGCAUUAGCACGCCGCGCGUGACAGUGAGUGGACCGCUGUGUUUUAGUGAACGGCGCUCGUGUGCGACUCUGUGCGUGCCCUAACACGUCGCCCGGUUAUAUGCACCGUAGAUAUGUCACUGGUGAAUGUUUUCUAUUUAAUGUGCUCUGAAUAUGUUUAUGUUUCAAUAAACGAAGUGCUGGAAUGGCCAACAAA